AUGGAGAAUCGCCUCGGACACGCCCAAAUCAUCCAGCUCCUAAAGUUCUGUCUCAAGACGUACUUUACAUUCGACGGAACAAUCUACGAGCAGGUGAAAGGGACGCCAUUGGGUUCGCGGAUUUCGGGACUCAUAGCCGAGGCGAUCCUACAACGGUUGGAGUCGCUGGUUUUCCGACAGCACAGACCGAAAUUUUGGGCUCCGUAUGUGGAUGACACCUUCGUCGUCAUCGAACGGGAUCAGGUGCUGACACUCAAAGAACAUCUCAACGCCGUCUUCCCGGACAUUCAGUUGACGAUCGAGGAGGAGGAGGAGGAGGAGGAGGGAGAAGAAAGCAACCAGUUCGCCAUCCUGGAUGUCCUCGUCUGCCGCAAAGAGGGUGGUGGCCUAAAAACCAAAGUGUUUAGGAAAACGACAAAGAAGAUGCAAGUACUGAACUUCAAUAGCAACCACACGAUUAGUCACAAAUGCAGUUGCGUAAGGGCGCUAUACCGGCGCGUUGAGACGCACUGCAGUGAAAUGGAAGACAAGGUUGCUGAAUUACAAUAUCUUCGAUGGGUAAUGAGAGCCAAUGGUAACGCACGCAACUUUGUCAACCAGUGCAUACGAAAAGGACACCAGAGACAAAAUCCAACCGGCCCCAAAUUUUUGCCGACUCUUCCGUACGUGAAGAACGUCUCGGAUGUCGUCAGUCGUCUUCUCACUCCACUUGCAGUUGGGGUUGCACACAGGCCGGAAGCAACCAUUAGGCGCCAAGUCAUGAGGCCAAAAUGCCCGAUGCCACGGCAGGAAACGUCUGGAGUCGUUUGAUGGAUUUGGUGUAGUUGCGGACAAAGCAACUAUGUCGGAGAAACUGGGAUAUUACACCGUACACGAAUUGCCAAGCAUGCAGCAGCAGUGAGGCGGGGAGACGCUAGUUCUCAGGUGGCGGCACACACGACGGGACCCGGCCACAUUUUCAAAUUUCAAGAGGCCGAAAUCCUCGCAAGGGGUGACUACCGCGUGAGCCGCGAGCUGCUCGAGUCAUGGUUUUCAGGCCCGCAAUCCAUCAACAAGCACAAUGACCUCCCGUUACCAUAUUCCCUGCUGAGGUUUUCCCUGAGCAGGGGAAUCAGUCACGUGGGGAGGGCGCGGCCGAGCAAUUAUCCAAGUGACAGUGAGCCAAUUUGCCGAGCAAUCGUCACACCAGCAUCCAGCACGGAUGACGAAAUCACGGCCAUUAGCGACUCGGACUCGGACUGAGAAGCCACCAACGCAUAGAUUACAACCCCAGCGGUGAUUGCGAGAGCUGUUAAUUACAAUGCGCAAAUGGUCCCACGGCGGCUACGUGCUAUAAAUACUGCACUCUCUGUGCCACCAUCACCUUUAUCUGCGAAUGUAUCUGAUGAUGGAUUCGAGUGAGAAUCCGAAACGUCAGGCCAAUAAAUUUUUUGUUCCGGUGGUCGCAUCUUCGUCUUCUUAAUCCAAAUAUUUUUAUAGAAAACACGCACAAAAUUAUGCUUUCUUUUACUUGUUUGGUAGAGAAACACAUUGUCGUCACAUUUAUUACACAAUGAAAUGUUAUCUUUCGGGCUAGAAAAAGUUUCAUAUUUCUAGAUUUUUUAAGUCUUCACUGUCCAUUCAUCAUGCAGUACCGUACCUGUCUGUUUACCACUGCUCCUCACGAAGUAUGUUCCAGUCCAGAAGUAUCGCAAAAUUAAAAGAACUCUCUGUGGUAUCUUCUUAAAGGAAUAGAGGAACAUAUAAAUUUACUUACGCGAAAAGCGUGCGCCUUGUAGACGCAAAUCGCAUAAAGCUAAUGCAACGGCUGACCAGAAUCAAAAUUAUUUGGGAGUUGAGAAACUUCUCUAAACCGAAAUAUGGCCUUUCUUCGUGCAUAAAGUUUAAAGACUUUACUUUCUGCCAAACGAGUAAACGAAAGCAUAGUUUUGUGCGCGCUUUCCAUAAAAUAUAUUUGUAUUUAUAAGACUAUAAAUAAUCUUUGUUAAAAAUUCAGGCUAAUUAAAUAGCCACUUUUUAUCUAGUGCGGUUUCUAGAGGAGUUCGAAAAGAAACGCAUUCAGAAGCCGACAUCCUGGCUAGUUCGAAAUACAAUAAUAUUAUGCCGCAUGAAAAUCAAUAUUAAAACCCUAGUCAAAAACGCAUUAUAGAAGUUCGGGUGAGAUUGCCGUCCGUAGCCUGGGAUUACGAGUCAACAUUUUUGACUUACUUGCCUCCUAUCAGUAGGCAUGUUUAAAUUAAGUUACGUAGUUCACCCGUGUCGGUCAGGCGGGGGUGUAACGCAUUCGGCCUCGCUUUCGGGAACCUUGUCUGUUGUUGUUUUACCGUUUUCAUACCCCCCUGCAUAUACUUACAGCUUAGACUUGGACGACGGACAGGCGGUUAUGCUGCAAAGUCCUACAUGUCCUUGCUCAUGUUUGCAUUUCCGCUCAUACGGCCGUUUAGCCGGCGUGCCACGGUACUACGGGUGGGUCCUCCAGCUUUGACUACUUACUUUCCUUUUAGCUAGCUGAAGUCGGAAUCUAUCACGGCUAUUGUCGCUCCACCAACAAGGAAGAAAUAGCCUGCAUUGUAGACGCGGUUUUCGGCCUCCACUGCGACCUCCCACGCCGUAUUUUGCGUGGUUUUCGUGUGGGUUGGCCAGGCGCGUAG